CUCACACGUGCGCUCAUGGGAUUUGUCUCUCGGAUGUUAUGUAGUACCCACCCGUUUGAUGGUUUGCAUAUAUUACGCACAGAGAGAAUCAUCUUUACGUCUUCGUUUUGUUUCAUGUACGCACUGAACACCGACGGGCGCCAAGCGCGACGCCCACACUGCCAGGUUAGGUCACUCUCGCUCCACCUGGCGUCUGCCGCCCUGUCUUUCCUCGUGUAAGAAUGUGAGGCGGCGGGCUCUUUUUUUACCAGACGAAAAUCUGGUUCGGAAGCUCGCGGGGGCUACCAGUUUUUGGUACGGAAAAAGGGCGUAUGCGCGCCACGGAAGCCCUGGUCUGGUGGGACACUCGCUCUGGGAAUUCAGGCAUCGUUACACACGAGUGUCGAAGUUUGGUUAUGCUUUUGCUUGCGUCUUGAACCAUCUCACACACGUUGUCACGCGUCGUUUUCUCUCCGUUGUCGCGCUUUCCGGAGUUGCAUGUUUUGUCGUGCGUCAAUUUCCUUGCACCAGUCCGACUGCUGGUUGCCCAUAGGCAGGCCUCCAUCUGUUUGUGUCAGGUCUGGUUCCUCGGUAAGAAGGCUCCUGUGUAGAGAGAACCACACGCUAUUUUUGAAGAGGCGUGUUCAACCCUUCAUGCUCCAAAGAGCGGCGACAGCUUGAGUGGGGGUCGCCGAUUCGCCGCGGACACCAUCUGGAUCGCAAGAGAGACGAAGGUUCUUGCAUCAAAAAACCAUUCCAUCUCGUUUACUUCACCCACGGUUUUGCUUUCCCGGAGUCCCUCGGGCAUCCUCUUUUUACGCCGGACAGACGGGCUGGAUGCAACUAUAGAUCUACCUUCGCCUACGCAUAUAAAUUCACCCAUAUGAAAUCGUGAAUAGAGAUGGAUGUAUGCCUAUAAUCCCUCACGUACUCUGGUUUGUGGAUAACUGCCUUGUGAAUAAACAGAAGCAGAUACGUAUGCUGUAGUUGGUGAAAAUGUUUGUUGACAUCUAUCCAUAAGCGCAAACAUGUCGGCAGAGCGGAUGUUCGAAUAAUGUACUGAAUGUUGCCACUCGUUCGUUGCAAAUGCGAGCAUAGGAAAGGAUCGGCCCCCACUUCUUCGUCCGUGCAAACAUCCGACAGUGCAACGAGACUCCAAGCACGCAUGCAUCCUAUUUUGUCUGCGGGAGACAAGGGAGUCUAGCUUCAGUUGUUAUAUGAUUGGUAUUGCAUGCCCUGAGUACGUAAGGAAAAGGAAAGGUUAAUCGCUGCCAGCUCGAGGAAUUGAGAAUGUCUGCAGGAGACUAGAAGCGAUUGAACAAUCUGAAUCAUCUGGGUAGCCGCGAAACUUGUGGCUAGUCCCGAGAAAGAAUGUAUAGCACUUCUACGCAACUGUUUUCCCACGUGUCUACGAGGACGAGAUACCUAGAUUCAAAUAUACAAAGACACAGACUUCCGUGUCAUACACAUCGACUGCUCACUCUAUUCGGAGGCACAUCUGCCGCGUCACUGUAGUCGUGGAAACCUGGAAGAGGCACGCAGAGAAGGAACUGUAUGUUUUAAUGAAUGAACUUAAGCAAAUGCGUUUGCCGCUAUUCCUGUGAGAGCCCGACAAAGAGCAAAACUCGCGGAUGCAACGCAGAUGGGUUACUGCCUCUUGUUCCUCCCGUUUUGGCUCAGAGAGCAUCGAAUUCCGAGAACUGCAAACAGACACUGAGACCAUGCCAGGCAUUUCUUGCGUAUCAGACACAUCACGUCGCCGCAGCAAUCUUCUCUAUCAAACAACUGCUCCUGCCCCCGCCCUCAAGUUCAUAUCCCCCUAAAACAACCGCACUGGCUAGACAUCGUUCUGCCCUUUGUCGAGAGACCUCGAGAUUGCGAAGGCAGACAGCUUCGAUAGGCAAACAAAGCUGUCCGACUCGGCACAAAAAGUAAUCAAAAGAAAAUCUGACAUAGGGGACAGACGGCAAUGCGGCUCGUUGCUCAACCACAGACACAUGUAGGACGAGGUGUACGUACAUCUAGGUAUCGUUCCGCUACAUUCGAUUCCUCCGAUAUCCCGAAAUCAAACAGAGUCAUUUUUGUAGGAGAGCGAGGCGCAGUCUCCGAGUUUGCGCUGCAGGAGCUAGCCGCCUGAAAACAGGAUGCAUGCGUGUGACUUGCAGCGGUAUUACAUGCGCGACAGUGUGCCGGUCGGCAUGCUUCUCAGGAAAAGCGAACACUUGCGGACGCCAACUUUUCUCCAGGACAAGCUUUCAUCGCUUCCUUCUUCUCCCCUGCGGACAUCUCCACUAGAGGCUCUGUUCUUCCUCAUUCUUUCUUUGACUCGUCGCCUACGGAUUGGCCACUCAGAAGCAGCACGCAGCGCUGCGCUUCUGGUGCUACCAGCUUAGGUGGGAAGGAGGGUACAUCGCUUGACAAUAGACGCAAAAAUGCAUUUAAGAGAUAUUUCCUCUUCUCCACUUGCCUUUGUUCCAGUAUUCAAAUCCCAGUGAGUGUGCGCCUCUGUCAACGCGUGCCUCGCAUGCCGCUGUCCUGACCGUUGAAUUUUUUCAUUUGUCACAAGGGACAGCGCGUUAAUACCCGCCACCCGAACUACGAACAUGACAUCUUCUGCCUCUCAAAAUCGACUUCGUCAACCUUUUAUUCGUUUGCUCUGCACUCGGCACACCGUGGCGCCAGUGUCUGUGGUAGGCUUACUCCGUUCCGAUGCUCUCCUCUCACGAAGAGGACAAAGGUGAGACGCGAACGCAGAUACAGGGAAUUCAGGGCGCUAGCACAGCGCUGGUUGCCUCUUACGAUUUCCUGCAUCUCACACUUCGUGUCCUCUUUUUCAUUCCUGGCGCCUCUCCCGUGAAUGACGGAGACAGUGUAAAAGCUUACUUUCUGCUUCGUCCUUCGUCCCGUGUUCUCUAGCUCCUCCUAAAGUAAGACGGUUUGUCUGGUGGCAUAUACCUUCUCCUCCUGUGCUUGCUUUGACUUUUCUCUACGCAAGCUCCCAGAUCUCUCGAUAGCCUUCUCAGGGUUGCCUAUCGGCGCCAGGAACCGAGCUUGUGUCUUUCCACACUCGGUGGGUCGUCUGUCCUUCGCUUCCCUUUUCGUCCUUCCCGCCGUCUGCCGUUCUCUUUACCAGCAAAUCUCCCCAUCUUCUCUCUCGCUCUCUGAUCCCUGUCUCUGUCUUUUGGACUCGCGUUCCUCCCGCCAGAACAUCGUCUUCCCGCUGUGUCUCUCUCUUCGCUGCCUCCGCCCUUCUGCGUCUUCCUCGGGGCCUUCGGUUCUCCUCUCUGUCUCUCUCGUUCGGCCUCUCCUUCUCGCCUCUCUCUUGGAGCCUCAGAGAGGCAGCAGCGGGUCGAGGGAAAGGCGACGCUGAGCCGCAGAGAUGAGCCGCGAAGAGCAACAACAUGGUACGAGAGGACCUGGGGAGGCGUCGAAUGUGGGCAGAGAGACAGCGGGCCUUCCUCAGGCUCCUCUGCCGCAUGCGCAGAGACUGGGCGCCGAAGAAAGGCACGGAGGGUAUGCGAGGGACGAAUCGGGCCUCUCUUUCUUUAAACAACCGAUUUCUUCUGUCUUUCAGACUUCACACGACGAGUCAGGACACCCCCACGAACAGGCUGUAACCAAACAGCCACAUGCCCACGAUAUCCACAGCUCUCCGCCGCUGUUGUCUUCUCUUUCAUCUUCGUCUUCUUCUCUUUCUUCUUCGUCUACCCGAUCGUAUUCUCGUUGUUUUCCGGUGAACGCUCACCGUUUGGCGAAGCCUCGACGGGGCGUCGUGCUAGUUCAGCUCGCAGAUGUUGUGAGGGAGCGCGAGGAGCGAGAAGAGCAAAGGAGAAGCGCAGUUGCUGAGAUGUCGAGGGCCGCCUCUCUGUCGAAUGUCCCUGCCACGGGGCCUCCUGCUUGCCAGAGGGCGACUGUGGGGUGGGGCGCUCCAGGCCAUUCGCCGGCGCAGAGUACAGACACUGCAGGACCCUCCGCGAAACCACUUGGGAGAGAGGGAGGAGAAAGGGCAGCAGAAGAGGAGGCAAGGACGCAAGAGGAAAAUGCCUGCGCAUUGGCACAGGAAAGGAGACGGACUCUGCCACAGGACGAGAGAACCGCAAAGAGGGCAAGCCGCGGGGCGAGGGCGCUCCGCGGGAAGCAAGGUCCACGCGUCCGAGGUUUCUCCGUCGAGAGUCGCCGUCGAAGUUUCGACACGGCCUCCUGGGAGGGUUCGUCUCUGUCGGUGUCUUCUCCUGCGAGCUCCUGUUCGUUUUCUUCGUCUUUCGCUCCUUCUGCUUCCUCUGCGCAGUCUCCGGAUCUCUCUUCUUCCUCCGGUGCUUCCUUCGCUGUCAAGGCUUUUCAAAGGCGGAAGCCUUCGGGGCCCCACUCGCUGGAGGUUUCUUGCUUGUCGCCCUCUGACUCUAGGUUGGCGCGGAGCGAGGCUGCGACCUUCGCCGCUUCCUCGGGGGUAUCGUCUGGCGCGCAUGCGCUAGAGAGACGAGGACGGAAGGCCGCCCGGGAGAGCGGGGGGCAGCCGGCGACCUCUGCUUUGGAGUUGGAGAGAAAACAGACACUGAGGAACCCUGGGGCUGGGGAAGACAGUGAAAAGGAUCCAGGACAUCGGGAAGUCUCAGACGACGCGAGAACAGAGGUGGCGAAGGAUGAAGACACGCGAACGAGAGAAGAGAGGGAAACGCAGCUCAGGCCCACCCCCAAGUUCUGCGCCGCCUCGCUUUCCUCGGGGACACCACCUAAGAAGGCACCCAGACCAGCGUCCACGAAAACGAGACGGCGCCUGCAGUCUCCUGUCUCCUCUUCUCGGUCUGCUUCUCGGUCUGCUUCUCGGUCUUCUUCUCGGUCUUCUUCUCGAUCGACUUGUCGCGGUGCGGCGUCUGCCGCCUCACCUCCAGCCUCCGCGUGCACCGAGGCCGCGUGUCUCUGUGCCCAGAAUGGGUGGCUGCGAAGGGAGCUGAAGGGCCGCUUCACUGAGCUUUUUCAGCGAUUUUCUCGAGACCUCGAAGGCGCUCGCCACGUGACCAGCCAGACGGCAGAACAACUCGUCGCCUUCUCGCAGGUGCUCCUCAGACUCGCUCACCAGUCAAGCAGAGACGCGCCGAAGGGUUCAGAGGCCGCGAGGGAGAGAGCAGGCAGAGACAGGGCGUCGACGGACGAAAAAGAGGCGCGCGGGAGACCGCCAAAGCGACGCAGGGACGCAGGGGAGAGAAACAGAGGCGACAGUGUGGAGAGGGAGGAGACGAUAGGAGAGGCUGGGAAAGGAGACGGGAGGAAAAGAGGAAAGAGGGAACGAGACGAGAGGAGACGAGAUGAGAGCGAAAGAUGUGACGAGAGAGAAGACAGCGAAGGGAGGGAAAAAGAAGAAACAGAACAGAAGUUGAAGGCGCCAGGAGACAAAACAGGAAGAACUCGAGAGAAAGAGGCUGGACGAAGAAGGGCUCGAGCAGGGCGAAGGCCGGCAGCCUCAGCGGAGACAGGCACGACGAGGCGACAGGGACAGGCAGCAGAGAGGGGCAACGGAACAAAGACUGGAGCUCCAGAUUCUCUGGGAAAAGUGAGAAAGCGUCUGGAGUCCCAAACCCCCUGGGGAGACACAAUGCAUGCAACCAAGGAAGUUGCGGCAUCUGGACAAUCAGAGGCCCAUUCAGAGACAAAGAGGAAAGGCCCUGAGGAGUGUACACGGCUCAAAAAAUCCCACCAGAGAGAGACUUCGUCGAGAGCCACAGAGAGCGACGUGAACGCUGCAUCUGGGGAACCUCUGUCUUCAUUGUCUGUGUGUUGUCAAGAGGAUCUCUCUUCCGUUUCGUCUGGCGCGUCGCGGUCUUCUCCCGUCUCUCUUCCUUCUCUCUCGCCCUUCUCGCCGCUACCUGUUCUGUGCUCACAAGGCCCUUCUGCUUCGUCCGGCUCUUCGUAUCAAAGUUCUUCUCCUACGUCUGGGCCUCCUGGCCAACCGUCUUCGUCGCUGGGUUGCGAGAAUUCGUCCUCUGCUCAAGGUUCUUUUUCGGGUGGUUUUUCCCUGCCUCCAGUGUCGCAUCAGUCAGCUCCCUCUGCAUUUCGGUCUCUCUCUCUUGGGGCUUCUGCGGUUCCUUCUCCUUCCGUUUUAUCGUCUUCCCCCCCGCCGUCUGCUUUCCUUGGUUCACCUGUUCCUUUACCUUCCUCGUCUCUUUCGCCUUCUCCUUUUCCUUCUUUUCACUCGUCUUCUCCCUUACCCUUUUCUUCUCCCGUGCUGUCUUCGCUUGCCUUACCUUCCGCUUCUCCCUUACCUCUGUCUUCUACCUCAUCAAGCAGUUCCGUUUCGCCGUCUUCUUCUGCGGCUUCGGUUUCUUCUUCGGCGGAAGUCGGCUUUGCAGGCAUCCCCUUCGCCUCCUCCGCCGUGGAAGCUGCAGGGAGGAGUCCGGCCCGUGCACCUGAGUGCGCGCAUGUAACGCCAGACGCAGCUGCGACAACUAGGCAUGCCGACGCGCCUCUGUGCUUUUCAGAGGAGCGAGGCGAGCAUGCUAGGAAGCGGGACAUCGAGUCCGGACACGAGAGAAGAGGAACACCGGAAAGCAGAGAAGGAAGAGAAACAAGAAAAGGCAGAGAAGCGAUAGAAGGUCGAGAGACGAGAGGUGGAGGAACACCAGGCGAAGGCAGUCAAACCGAAGCAAACGUCUGGGAAAAGGGGGGACGAGGAGCCGAUGCUGCGAGAGUCGGUGACCGAGCAGAAGAGGCAGGCCAUGGAGAGAGUCGAACCAGAGGGCGAGUUGAGGGGAGAGAACGCGCACUGGAGGAAACAGCGCCUGAAAGAGGAGACCAAGUAAACUCCGAGUCACACGCAUCGAGCUCCCAAGAGGGGACUUCGCAAAGCAGAACUUCGCCAAUACUCGGAACGCCUCUCUCGAAAGUCGGGAGAGAACAAGAAGCGCUGUCGGAGGGAGAAGCCUACAGGGAAGCAGCCCUUCUGUCGGAACAAGGAGUCCAGCAGGUGGUGUCUCCCAGGUCGGCAGGAGGAACAGAGGCGACUCAGACAGCCGUCACAUCCGAGGAGUCUGAGUUGAGUCGGCCUCCGCCACCUUCUGUCUCUCCUGCUUUGUCUUCUGGCUCCUUCUCCACUUCUUUGAGAGGCGUGCCAGUGAGUGCGCAGGACGCCGUCGCCUCCUGGCUUCGUCAGGCUUGUCCGAGCGAUGCGUCUGUUCUCUCCUCUCUUCUGCCAGCCCCGCUUCUUCAGAAAGCCGCUUCUGUCUUUCUCGCCUGCCCGACUGCUGCGUCGGGGCCGACUUCCUCGCUGGGCGCUGAGAGAGAUUCGCCAGUUCCAAACACAGAGACACGCGACAGCGACGUGAAGCCUGGGCAGCGGCCUCUCCGUGAAGGCCAAACGAAGAAGAAAGAGAGGCAGAGACACUCGGGAGAAAACCGAGAGACAACGCGAGGACGAGAGAGGAAAGAAGGAGAAAGAGGAGGAGAGAAGGAAGAAGAAGGGGAAGAAAAGGAGGAAGGGGAAGAAAAAGAAGAGGGAGAAGAAAGAGAAGGAGGAGAAAAGGAAGAGGGGGAAGAAAGAGAAGAAGGAGAAAAAGAAGAAGGAGAGGCGUCGGAGGAAGAGAAUUCAAGGACGGAGGGGAACAGGCUUGGAUCUUUCUCGAAUGUUUCCCUUGCCUCUUCGUUCUCGAAACUGUCUUCGAACGUUUCUUCCCAAGGCUCCUCGGGAGGUCGUGUCUCGCCUUUCUCUCCCCCAUCUGCCUCUCCUUUCUCUACUUUUCCUUGUUCUACCUCUGCCUGUUCCGCCUCUCUCCCUGCGGUUGGUUCCGCGUCUUCUCCGCCGUCGUUUUCCACGUCUGUCGCGGGCAGGUUCCCUUCGUGGCUGUCACUUGGUCGCGCAGUUGCGGAGGAGACUGGAGACAGCAGGCCACCUCCAGGGGGCGCAGCGAUGAGGGCUCGAGAGCACGAGGGUGGAACAGCCCAAGGAGACAAAACGGCUGGUCCUCUCUCGUCCGGGGCUUGGACAGAGGACCUGCAGAGGACGGCUGAAGGUGCGCGAAAGGGACAUGCGGGAGGAGAACAAAACGAGAGACUGCAUGCACGAUUCUCUGGCUCGAGGACGCUCGGUGUAACGAGUAGCAGACCGGAGAGUGGCCACAUACAGAGAGAGGCAGACGGAUUUUUACAUGCGGGAAACGACGGAGUUUCAGUGAAAGGGAAGGCGGAAAGACAGCCGUCUCCAUCUGAAGAGAAAGACCGGGCGUCGCGUCUCGCGUCUGUUGACUUGGACGUUUUCAUUCACCAAAGGCCGCUCUCGGGAGAUGCUGUGCUUUCGAAUUUGUACACUGCAUACCGGUACAGAGCAGGGAUUCAGCAGAGGCCAGGUGGGGUGGUCUCGGGCGGAGCCGAAGCAGAGGGCAGCGAGGAGACACAGAGACGACUCUGUUUCUCUGUGCUUUUGGCAGAGCAAGGCAGGAAGGGUGCGGACGUUGAGUCGUGGUCCACCGAGAGAGAAGGCUCUGCUACCGGGAGCAAGGCGCCGACGAAGAAGAAGAAAACGAGGUCGAAAGAAGGCGAAGAACGCCACCGAAGAAGGUGGGAGGAAAUCAAGAGACGUAGACUCAACCUCGAAAUGCAAAAGAAGCAGGCGACCGGAAGUCAAAGGUUUUGAAGGAAACCGGUGCGUUGCUUCCUUGAGUGGUCGCGUUAAAUGGGUUCUUGAAGCGGCUUCUUUAACUGGUUUUCAAAGUAUUUUCGUUGGCUGAUUUCUUUGAAUGGUUUUAAAAGUGUUUUCGUCGAGUGGUUUCUUCAAGUGAUUUCUUUUCGUGGUCUAGUGGUGGUAACCUUCGAGGGAAGUGUAACGCGCACAAAUUACUUUUUUUUCCGCAGAGUUUUUGGUUUUUUCACUUGGUUUUUGGAUCCCUUGGCUCGGCUCCGGGUUUUUUUUCGAGGGAGGGGUUUGUGUCUUGUGAAGAAUGUAGGGUAGGCCUCAAGGAGCGCGUUCUACGCCAGGAAAGGGUGGCAAAUACUCGACAUAUCUGGAGUCGUGCAAACGAGAACAUCUGGAUAUGUCGAUCCUGAUAAACCACAGAUAACACUCGUAACUGCCUUG